CACACACACACACACUCUCUCUCUCUCCUCCUCCGUGCAGCUCGCACGCGACUCUCCCAGUUACCCGGAGAGAGCGAAUGGGAAACGGCAUCACCGCCCCACGGUCAAACCCACAGCACCGACCGUGGAUGGCGCAAAAAGAAGAUCCGCCUGAAAUGUGGCGCUACGCGUUAUAGACACCGCACCCGGAGACCGAACGGAGCGCAGGUGACAUCCUCCUGGAACUCUUGAUUUAUUCAUCUCAAUAUUUUUUUCUUUAGUGUUUUUUUGUGUGUGUGUGUGUGUGUGUGUGGGUUUUCGGCGCAGUCAUGGCCGCGCAGAGGCAGGUGCAGCGCCGCGGAGGGUUUGUGCGCGUGAUGUGACGGAUUCCGCCCGCCCGCCCGCGCGCUCACUGUGGUGAUGGAAUGGGACGGCAACCGAUCCGUGUGGCUCGAGCUUUCCGCUGCUGACGCGUCCGAUAUGAUGAACGGGGCGAGGUUUUAGCGUCUCCGAGUGAGGGGCCUCCACAAGCUAAACAAACAGAUCUGCACGGCCCAGACACCGGGGGUGGGGGACAUCGAGACACCGCGGCGCAUCAUCAUCAUCAUCCAGCAUCAUCAUAAUCAUCAUCACAUCAUGGAAUAACAGGGCAGCGCGUGCACCUGAGGACACCCCUUUAAAUUAAACCCCUCUUCCCCCCACCCCCCCUCCCCACCCAAAAAAAAAAAAAACCCAUAUACAUAAACACCAGAGUUUGUGGAUUUAUUUAUUUAUUUACGUUAAAACAAACAAAACAAACAAAAAAAUCAACACCGCCAAGAUGAUGGAGCUCCCGCUGGACGAGGUGGUCUACCAGGACGACUACGGCUCCGUGUCCGUGAUGUCGGAGCGCGUCUCCGGCCUGGCCAGCGGCAUCUACCGCGAGUUCGAGCGUCUCAUCCACAGCUACGACGAGGAGGUCGUGAAGGAGCUCAUGCCGCUCGUGGUCAACGUGCUCGAGAACCUGGACGCGGUGCUCACCGAGAACCAGGAGCACGAGGUGGAGCUCGAGCUGCUCAAGGAGGAUAACGAGCAGCUCAUCACGCAGUACGAGCGGGAGAAGGCGCUGCGCAAGCAGGCCGAGGAGAAGUUUAUCGAGUUUGAGGAUGCGUUGGAGGCUGAAAAGAAGGAACUCCAGACCCAAGUGGACCAUUUAGAAUUACAAGGAAAACAGUUGGAAUUGAAGACCAAGAACUACGUUGAUCAGAUCUCGCGUUUGGAAGAACGUGAGUCAGAGAUGAAGAAAGAAUACAACGCCCUUCAUCAGCGGCACACAGAAAUGAUUCAGACCUACGUUGAGCACAUUGAACGUUCAAAAAUUCAGCAGGCUGGAAGCAACCAAUCAGAAACCACAAGCUGUGGGCGAACUCAACGCAACACCUGGAGGAAAAGUAAAGCGGAGCGACCUCCUUCGUUGAGUCUCUUUCCCACCGGGGAUGCUAUGGUACGUGGGGGUCACGGGGGGGCUAGGACGACGUCGACAGACGCCUGGCAUGCCAGUGAUCUGGGUCGAGCCGUCUACGCCCCUGGCUUCCAGGAGGAUGGCUCAGAGUCUGAUUCAGUUGUGGCCACGCCCAGCAGCACAGGAAGCAAAUCCAACACUCCAACCUCAUCUGUUCCCUCGGCAACAGUUACCCCUCUCAAUGAGGCGAUGGUUCCCUCUGGAGAUUUUGACACGUGCCGGGGUCGGAGCCGCAAAAACGCCAAGAGGCUCAGCAGGAAUAUGGAAGUUCAGGUCUCACAGGAAACCAGGAAUGUCAGCAUUGGUAUGGGAAGCAGUGACGAGUGGUCUGAGUUUCAGGAAAUCAUCGAUUCAACCCCCGAGUUAGAUAUGUGUAUGGAUCCUCGUAUCUAUGGCGGCGGGAACAGUCCGUCUCAAGGCAUAGUGAACGAGGCGUUCGGUAUCAACACCGACUCGCUGUACCACGAGAUCAAAGACGCCAAAUCGGACAUCAUUGGUGACGUGGAUGCCGGAGCAGAGCUGCUCGGGGAAUUCUCAGUGCGGGAUGAUUUCUUUGGGAUGGGAAAAGAGGUGGAGAACCUUCUCACAGAAAACAAACAACUGCUGGAGACCAAGAAUGCUCUGAACAUUGUAAAGAACGACCUGAUCGCUAAGGUGGAUGAGCUGUCGGGAGAGCAUGAGGUCCUGAGGGAGGAGCUGGAGGCAGUUAAACAAGCCAAAAUCAAAGUGGACAGCAAAGUCAAAGAACUGGAAGAGGAAAUGAAAAGGCUGAGAGCUGAGGCACUCGGAGCAUCUCAGGACUCCAAGGAUGAAGGAGGAGAAGAUUAUUCGUCCUCACUGCAGGAUGACGUAGCGAUGGCACAGAGGCGCAGGUUUACGCGGGUCGAGAUGGCGCGCGUCCUGAUGGAGCGCAACCAGUACAAAGAGAGGCUGAUGGAGCUGCAAGAGGCCGUCCGCUGGACCGAGAUGAUCAGAGCUUCUAGGGAGAGUCCUCAAAUCCAAGAGAAGAAGAAAUCGACCAUCUGGCAGUUCUUUGCACGACUCUUCAGUACAUCGUCGAGCCCGCCUCCGGUGAAGCGGCCAUACACCAGUGUCAACAUCCACUACAGAUCGCCCUCUCCUGCAGGCUUUAACCAGAGACGCUCGCACACCAUGUGCCAGAUCUCCACCUCCAACCGCACACUCGAGUUCUUCCCUGAGGAACUGCCCAGUAACGGUGUUGCGUCUCUCCUUAGCGACUCAGCGCUCUCGGUCCGUAGGGAGCAGCGACGCGAGCAGUACCGGCAGGUCCGUGAGCACAUGCGCAGGGAUGAUGGUCUCAUGCAGGCCUGUGGCUGGAGCGUUCCUCCCCGCUUUAAACAGACGGGUUCCCAGGCAGACAGCGCUCAGGACGCCGCAGGAAAGAGGCCGCAGGCCAAUGAGAAGGAGGACAACCGCAUGAAAAACGUCCCUGUGCCUGUAUACUGCCGCCCUCUAGUGGAAAAAGAUCCAAACAGGAAGCUGUGGUGUGCUGCCGGAGUGGACUUGACUGGCUGGAGGACGUCUAGUCAAGAGGCAGGAGUGAAGCUAUCAGCCAAUGGCACCGAUCCUCUGACCGGAGAGGAUGAGGGAGGAGAGAAUAAGAGCGAACACAGCUCACCAGAGAAGAAGAAGUUGAAGGAGCUGCAUGAGGUAGACUCGAUGAGUAGCCGUGUGUGGAUCCUGACCAGCACUCAUUCAGCCAGUAAAGUGGUCAUUAUUGAUGCCAAUCAGCCCGGGUCACUGGUUGACCAGUUUAAUGUGUGUAAUGCCCAUGUGCUCUGCAUCUCCAGUGUGCCAGCGGCCAGUGAGAGCGAUUACCCAGCAGGUGAGAUAUUUCUGGAGCAGCAGGGUGAUGGUGGCUCAGAGGAUACUAACAGAGUAGAGGGCAUGCUAGCAGGCAUCACACUGGUGGGCUGUGCAACCAACUGCAGCGUAGUGCGUAGUAACUGUUCCUCACGCACUGACACCCCAGUGCUGGACAAAGGACAAGCACCUGCAGCUCCGGUGUGUAGUCGGCUGGCAGUGUCUCAGUCAGCAGAGGAAGCCACUGAAGCCAUGGAAGUGUCGGAGGAGGCAGGGCCAAGUGAGGGAGGAGAGAGCUCCGCCUCUUCUGUAACGUUUACUGAACAUGUCUUUACAGACAAUUCACACAGUGAAGGUGGUGGGGCUAAGGAGGAAGUGACAUCAGCACCCAAAGGGUCAGAAAACGGAGGAGAUGAACGGGAUGGAACCAGUGCCGCACCCACCAUGUGGCUUGGAGCCCAGAACGGCUGGCUGUAUGUGCAUUCUGCAGUGGCAAACUGGAAGAAGUGCCUCCACUCCAUCAAACUCAAAGACUCUGUCCUCAGUCUAGUGCAUGUUAAAGGAAGGGUGUUGGUGGCACUGGCAGAUGGAACUCUUGCCAUUUUUCACAGAGCUGAAGACCGUCAGUGGGAUCUGUCUAACUAUCAUCUGAUGGACCUGGGUCGCCCUCACCACUCUAUCCGCUGCAUGGCUGUAGUGCACGACAAGGUCUGGUGUGGCUACAAGAACAAAAUCCACGUCAUCCAGCCAAAAAGCAUGCAGAUCGAGAAAUCGUUUGACGCUCAUCCUCGCAGGGAGAGCCAGGUCCGACAGCUCGCCUGGAUCGGAGAUGGCGUCUGGGUGUCCAUUCGUUUGGACUCCACACUGCGACUGUACCACGCGCUUACACACCAGCACCUUCAGGAUGUGGACAUCGAACCCUAUGUCAGCAAGAUGCUUGGUACAGGGAAGUUGGGUUUCUCAUUUGUUCGGAUAACAGCCCUUCUGAUCGGAGGAAACCGACUGUGGGUAGGAACAGGAAAUGGCGUCAUCAUCUCCAUCCCUCUGACUGAGACUGUAGUCCUACAUCGGGGACAACUACUUGGCCUGAGAGCAAACAAGGUAUCCCCAACAUCUUCAGGAGGCGUGAUCCAUGUAUACGCUGAUGACAGCAACUCGGACAAAGGCAACGGUAGUUUCAUUCCGUACUGUUCCAUGGCCCAGGCUCAGCUCUGCUUCCAUGGGCACCGGGAUGCAGUCAAAUUUUUCGUGUCAGUGCCAGGAAAUGUACUGGCCACCCUAAACGGCAGUGUCUUGGACAGUCCAUCCGAGUCUCAGGGUUCUUCAGCCCCAGCGGAGACAGAAGCUCAGUGUGUUCAGAAUGUGUUGGUCCUCAGUGGAGGAGAAGGUUAUAUUGAUUUCCGCAUAGGUGACGGUGAGGAUGAUGAGACUGAGGAGGCAGAUGGUGAAGCCCCUCAGAUUAAGCCAACGCUCUCUAAAGCCGAGAGGAGCCAUAUCAUUGUUUGGCAGGUGUCCUAUGUCCCCGAGUAAUGCUAUCAGACACUUGAUGCCUGCGGUCCCCAUCUUGUAACUUUGGCGCCAAAUAUCUCUUUAUGAAACCUUGUGUAUUCCUAACAAUGCCCCUUAAAUUCUGUAUGUAAGCUUUGUAAUGACCCCCUAAAGCCUGUAUUUACAAUCCCUGAAUUGUAACUAUCCCCUGUAUGUUGGCUGAUUUGCCCCUGUGAUUGCCCUCGACUCCAAUGCAAACCCAAGACUCUGCAACAUCUCGCAGCUAAAUGCCAAUUAUAAAUGCAUUCGAUACUUUUGUCAGAAUAACCCCCUUUUUCCCCCCAAAUGUAUAAACAUGCUCUUGCUAUUCUUACCUGUCCACCAGCUCACUGGUCAUUAACCUUAUUCCCAAAUGGAAUAAGAAUAGGGGGCUGUGAUUGGUUAAAAGGGUUUGCAGAGAUCUUUGGUUUGUAUGAUCCUGAUUUAGGAAUUUGUUUAUAUGAUUAAAUGUAAUAAGGAGGAUGGCGGGGGGGGGAAACGCAAGCGAUGUGUAAAAAGGUGUAAAUAUCGAGGCUCGGUACAUACAACGUAGUGCCAUGUUAGGAGUGGGAUUGAAAGGGAGAGAACUGAUGGCUCAGGAAAUUGAAGUGACAAGAUAAGAUGAAGCACAGUCGAAGGAGACCUGCUUCAAAUAUUUCAAAUGAAAUGUCACAGCUGAUAAAUUCAAUCAAAUCCAUACAGUUUGUUGAAUUUAAUUACAUUGGCUAAAAACACCACCAGAAAUGAACGUACAGAAAGUAAGAUAUAUUCAUCAGGUAGGCUGUAAGCUGUUUUUAUCUUUAAAGUUGACCGGGAUUUAUGGGUCGCACGCACACGUCAGGGGUCUAUGAUUGGCUGCCGAUUUGACGGACGGUUAUGGAAUGACAGAUUGAUCCUCUGUAUGUAACAAUAUAUGUUCUACUGUGUGGUUAUAUAUUAAAUAUUAAACAUAUUCGUGCUCUGGAAAGA